AUUGAGUGAUGGCUACCCAGAUAGACACAAAUCCUAGCCAGCCCCAGCACAUGGGAGGUGAUGGAGGAGGACGUGUUGUUCGUGCCCAGAGAAACACAAACCUUCUCCAGCCAGCCGUGCUGCAGCGCAAAGGAGGAUCUGCAGGAGGACGGGGUGCUCCCGCAGCUGUUGUGCAGCCUCCUGUGCUCACAAAGAGCUCCUCAGGUGGCAGCUGCAAUGGAGGAGGACUCUCUGGUGCCUCCGGGGUUGGAGCAGCAGGCAAGAAAGGCGCAGCGUCCUUGCAGAAAGCGAGCUCUGCGUUAAGCAGUGCAAACCCGGCUGAUGAGCACAGAGAUGGACAGCAGAGACUUGCUGACUGGGUAGCAGAAGACAUGGCAACCUGGGAAUCUUCUGGACAGUGGAUGUUUUCGUGUUACUGUCCUGAGAAGGGCAAGCCUAAUGUUUCAGGCUUUCCAGAGAUCUCCCCUGAGGAGCUGCGCCUGGGGUAUGACACCUGCAGUGCCAAGGAGGGCACAGGACUCUACAUACACGCUGUCCAUCAGUAUGUGCAACAAUGGAGAACCAGGCUGCAGGAGCUGAAGGCUUUAAAUGCCUGGAGAACAGCAUCGAUGGCUCUCCAGCCAACAGCAGCGGUGCUGCCCGCUUGUCCUUGCAAAUCCCAGCGUCUCAUCUGGAAGCGCUCCAGCUGUGGGGAGCUCUGCUGCUGCCUCCAGUCCUCCUGCCCUUGGGGUGACGUCCUCCCACAGCUGUCCCCAUUCCGUUGGGACUGGGGAUUCUGCAGCUCCAUCCGCAGCCUCACUUCACGCUCCUGGAACGGCCGCUGGCCGUGGACUUCUGGGCUUCCGGGCCCUGGGAGCCCUGCUGCAGCAAAUCCUUCCAGCACCGCUCCGCUUGCUGUCGCUGCUCCCAAGGCAGCUACAGAACCUUCUCACCCGGGCACAAGCAGUGCUUCGGCCGCACCGACUGCCGGUGCCUCUGCACACAGCGCCGCGUCCGCGCCUCUGCAUCCACACGGCAUCAGAGCAGGCAGCUCUGCACACCGAGGAGGGAACGAACGGCCGGAGAGCUGGAGCAGUUCAGAGCCAAGUUCACGCUAGGAAAGGUCCCUGAGACCACCACCUGCAGA